GGAGGAGUGACAUUUGACCCUGACCAGGGUACCCUUACCUGUAUCUCCACUGGUGGACCUGCUACCACUGUCACUUGGACCAGAGACUCCACCACUGUCACCCAAGGAACCCAGACUGUGUUGAAUGAUCCAGUGACUGCACAGUACACCCACACUCUGACUGUGACUGAUUUGGGAGCAUACACAUGUACUGUGUCUAAUUCCAGGCCAUCAUCUGCAUCAGCUAACAUCACAUUAGUUUCAGAUCCUUCGCCUCCCACUAGUGUGACAGCUGUCCAGAGAGGACCAACAAGUAUUGAAGUAACCUGGAACCGUCCUGUUUCUCCAUUGAAUGGUAUCACUGGCUAUGAAAUCUCCUACUCUGGGGGAUCUGCAGGCAGUGUGAAUGUUGCU